AUGUCUGAAGGUCAGCAGAUAGAGACAGACACUAGCCAGCUCACAUUCUCCAAUCUCCAACAAGAUGACGAUUGGGAGGGUGCUCUGAUAGAUGAAGUGCCCCAGCCGAGGCUUCUCUCUCCUGAGGCUCAGACCAUUUCAAGCAUACUGGAGAACUGCAUCUGUCAAAUAGAGAUCGCAGCAUCUCUGCCUGUUGUCCGCAACAUAGUCCACCCGUCUCCUGAGAUAUGUGAGGAGUUCACAAGAACUCUUGAGGUGCAUCAGAUGUUAACUGAAAAGCUGGAAACGUCUAAUGGCCUCCAGAAGGAGUCAGGUGGAUCACCAGAAGAAGAAUGUGCGAAAAGGAGGAGGAGGGCUCAGCUUGAGAGAGACUUCAAGUACUCUGUCAGGGACCUGCUCAGGUUGUUUCGAACCCACCCUGAGGCUGUUAUGAGUUUCAGGCCAGAGGUCGACACAGAAAUUGGGGAGGCUGAAUACACUCUUAUCUUAGCGCUGAAACAUUUUCAUGGACAUAUGAUAGUGAGGUUGCAGACCAGCCCAGAAGAGGAAAUACUGCUAGCCGUCGAGACGGUGUCACCUGAUACGGAUCUAAUAGUCAAACUUGAAGAAACAGCGGCAGCCAUCAAACAAAAAGAUGUUGAGAUUUCCAAGAAGACAGAUGACCUCAGCAUUUUGGAGCGUCGCCUUCAAGAGAGCCAGACAGAAGAAGUGGACUGGCAGCUUGUUGCAGACGAACAGUGUCAGUCCCUCAUUAAAACUUCACAGGUGAAGCAGACGAGCAUUCAGCAGGAAAUAGACAAACUCAACAUUCGACUCCACACAAUGACGCUUAAAUAUAGAGAGGGGGAGAAAGUACUACAAGAGAUAAACGAAAAUGUGGAGAUGGAAAUGGAAUACUUGAUCCAAAAGUUUGAUGAUGAAAUAGGAGAGCACCAGGCUGAUCUAGAGUUAUGUCAGAUGGAUGUUGAGAGGGAAGAGGGGGAAUGCAAAAGACUGGAGAAGCCUUAUGCUGACAUAGAGAAGGAGUACAACUGCAUCAUGGAGAAGCGGCGGCUCGCGGAAGAGAAAAGAGUUACAGAGUUGAAGCUCAAGGUCACUCUUUAUUGUCAGUCCUGGUGGAGAGGCUACUGUACUCGCAAGGCCUUGGCCCUCAAUCCCAUCAAGCCUACCAAGAAGGGCAAAAAGAAGGGCAAGGGCAAGGGUAAGGGUAAGGGUAAGAAGAAAAAGUAGUAGUCCAACAGUAAAAUCACAACACUCUUAUCGGAGCAGCAGCAUGUUCCUGUCAGAAGAGGUUGCCUGGGGAAGGGGACCAUCAAUGGUUAAUCAUAUCACUUUGAAAAAUAUUACUAUACUCUUACUAUUACUAUAUUAUCACAUAUGAUGUUUCAGUCCGCCUUGAAAAGAAAAAACAAGUACAAAAUAAGGACACAAGUAUUGGGACACGUGGUUGCCACACCUCCAGGGAGUGACUGGCGACCAAUCAAGGUGUAGUCUGGAAUAGGCUCCAGUUUCCCUAUGAGCAGUAUAGAAAAUGCAGAUGGAUGGUUGUUUCUCGAUCAUGAAUGUAACUGGCUACACCAGUUUGUCUUGUUUUUAACCACAAGGUGGCGACAUUAGCCCGAUUAAUAAUAUAGAGGCGUAAUAGACUUAACUCGAGUUUGAACUACGUUUAAUUUGAAUUUGUUCUGUCGGAUUCAUCAUGUAGUAGAUGUUGCACAAA